CUGCGCAUGCGCCUUCAAACAUUUCUGGUCGUCACGACUGCGCGUUGAUUACGCUGUUAGCGUAUUAAUUUAAGCUAUCGGUUCUUCAUAAAGCAAGUACUCCUAAUACAAUUUUCCAGGUAAUAAAUGUAUUUGACUUGUAACGUUAUCUUAAUUAGAGAGAGAACUUUAACGACAUUGCGUACCUUUUCCGGUCAUAUAAAAAAAUGAACUACAACUCCCAAGAGCCCACAUGAUGAGGAAGAGUACAACCUCAGAUAAGACGUAUUCAACUGAACACCAGGAGUUUGUGUGAAAGCAGAGGACCUCGUAGAAAACACAAACCGCUGGGUUUUCUUUGCAAAUGUGCGCCGAUCAGAAAUCCGCUUUUCUAAGUGACACUUUUUCUGCCGAGUUUUUCUUCAGCAGUACGCCAACAUGGGGACAGUUUUUGCCAUCGCUCUUGUUUUUAUCGGAUGCUGUAGCAAUGUGGUGUCUCUGGAGCUGCUUGUAAGAGAGUUUCCAGGAUGUGGCAACAUCGUCACCUUCGCUCAGUUUUUAUUCAUCGCAAUCGAAGGUUUCAUCUUCGAGGCUAACUUUGGGAGGAAGAAACCGACAAUCCCUCUAAGAAACUACAUAAUCAUGGUGACCAUGUUCUUCACAGUCAGCGUGAUCAACAACUACGCUCUCAAGUUCAACAUCUCCAUGCCGUUACACAUGAUCUUCAGAUCUGGCUCACUGAUCGCUAACAUGAUCCUGGGAAUCAUCAUCCUGAAGAAAAGGUAUUCAGCGAGUAAAUAUCUGUCUAUAGCUUUAGUUUCAGCUGGUAUCUUCAUCUGCACCAUCAUGUCUGCCAAACAAGUGAAUAUGGCCAAUGAGGGAUCAGAAGAGCAAAGCUUUUAUGCGUUCAUGCACUGGCUUGUAGGUAUUGCCAUGUUGACCUUUGCUCUGCUGAUGUCUGCGAGGAUGGGCAUUUUCCAGGAGACGCUGUACAAGCAGUAUGGGAAACACUCCAAGGAGGCUCUCUUCUAUAAUCACUGCCUACCGCUGCCAGGCUUCCUGCUCCUCUCCACAAACAUCUACAGCCACUGUGUCUUAUUCAGUCAAAGCAGCCCUGUAGUUGUUCCUCAGAUUGGACUGACUGUGCCGAUCAUGUGGGUCUACCUGCUGGUCAACGUCAUCACACAAUACGUGUGCAUCCGUGGCGUAUUCAUUCUGACCACAGAGUGCACCUCGCUGACGGUCACUCUGGUGGUGACCCUGAGGAAGUUCCUCAGCCUCAUCUUCUCCAUCCUUUACUUCCAAAACCCCUUCACGACCUGGCACUGGGUGGGUACGGCUGUGGUCUUCUUGGGCACUCUGCUGUACACGGAGGUGUGGAGCAGCGUGCAGGCGGCUCUGCGUGGACCCAAGGUCAAGGAGAAGAAGGCGGAGUGAAGAGGAAGAGGAGCAAGAAGAACAAUGGACUGGUGGUUGAAUAGAAAAGCUGUCAGUGUGUUGCACUGAGGUUGUUGCUGAUUGACUGUCCUGAAACGGUUUUAUACAUUUACGUCAUUUUGUUUUCACAUCGCACAUCAUAGGCAGCAUUAAACCCCAUUUUACACACACACGCACACACGCACACACACAAACACAUAAAGGAUAAGGCUGGUGAGGUUUUAUGUUUUUGUCAAUAAAUCAACAAUAUGAUAUUGUCACCCAAAAGCCAUUUAUUGGUGCUAAAUCUUUGAAUCGGCUUCAAUAAAUGUGUAUUAGGACUGGACAACAUGACUUCUUAAGUGUGAAAUGAGUCGUUCACGAUGAUGAGCCAGCAGAGAAUCAUCACAGAGCUUUAGAAAGGGUUUUAGCUCAGCGUUUAGAUGUCCCAUAUACAACUUGUCCCAUAGCAUCGGUUUCUGCAGCUGUUUUCAGCACAAAAAGCUCUAAAAAUCCCACUACCUGCUCAGGACCAAAAAUCAGACAGGAACGGUUAGCAGCUGGUGGUGGUGAUCAGAGUGGAGCGUUUAGCAGCUGAAGAGGCUGAUGAUUCCCACAGGAGUGAGUUGAUGAAGAUCAAAAGCACAUCUAAAGCUGCUGGAUGUGUGCAGAGCAACAGUUGACUUCACAAUAUAUAGUCUUUAAAAGUGAUGAUAUGUCUUGAGCUGCUGCAGUUUGUUGAUUAUUAUUAGAAAAAUUAAGUUAGCCUCUGUUUUUUAUAAUGAUCGUUUGUGGUUCUCAAAUGAGAGAAUAAAUUGCUGUUUUGUUUUUGGUCUUACGUUGAUCAGACAAAACAAGGAAUUUGAUGACGCCACCUUGAGCUCUAAGAUAUUGUGAUGGGUUUGUUUUACUCUUCUUUUUUUAAAAUCAGUAAUGAAAGUAAUUGUUAGCUGUAGUCCAAAACUGUCAACGUUGUUUUCACAGCUUGUUUGUUGUUUCCGCUGCCCUGAAGUGGCCAUAAAAAUCAGUUGCUGUUGGUAUAAAAGCAGGUCACAAAUACAUCAGACAGUUUCCCAAAGCGGAUGGACACACAUUUUUAGCAAAUAUUACUAAAACAGGAGUGAGAUGUGCAUUUGUAGGGACUAUUUUCAGAUGUGGAUUAAUACUUAACAGGCACACUUAUGAGUAUCUACAGCAGCAUAAGGACUUGAAGAAAUGACUCAAAAUAAACUUCAGCUCUCCUGUUAGUAGUGAAGGAACAUGUGGGUCAAUGAGUGUUUUUAAUAGCUGGUUUUGUUUUAUUUUAAUUGAAAUUGCUCAAAAUAAAAGAUAUAGUUAGAAAAUAUAGGAUCUCACCAGCCCUGUUUUUUUUUUCCAAAUAUAUAUAUAUAUAUAUAUACCAUUAGUACCUCAUUAGAAUUUAAAUCAUUUGAUGGUUCCGCUUUUUCUUUCGUGUGUAAUGUUUGAAUAUUUAUUUUCUAAACGUAACAGCUUGAUUUUCUCCAUGUUAACACAUCAGUAGAACAACACUGAACACAGUAAUGUGAUGCUGAAUGGACAAAACACAUCAGUGCAUUGCGUAGAGUCAGACCAUGUAAACAUACAGACGGGACCAUUUAGUUCCUGUAAUUGUUUUCUCUCUCUCGUGUCUAAAUUGUCUCAGGUGUAUUAGAUCUGUAUUAUUAAUAAGAAACAUUAAAUUAAACAAUGCAGCAGGUCUUUA